AGUCGCACCCCAGCCACACCCGGUAUCACGAGCCAUGUAGUCGCGCUCUCUACCCUCCCGCAUACGGCGGACAAUUGUUGCUUCUGCGCGCCCACAGGUGGUACUCGCUUCUUCUCUUCUCUUCUCUUCUCUUCCUCUUCCUCUUUCUUUCCUCUCUUCUCUCUCUCUCUCUCUCUCUCUCUCUCUCUCUCUCUCUCCUCCUGUCUGUCCCACUCUUCCUCUUCUUCUUUUCUUCGUCUGCAGCUCCUGCUGUUCUGUCCAACUCUGCAGUGUUGUCGGGAGCAGCGGCGACCUGUACACCCACGCGGACACACACUCAGGCUUCCUUCCUCCAUCCGUCCGUCCUGGCCUCCCUCCCGCCGCGAGCGAGCGCGAGUGUGAGACGACUCUAGAGUCUAGACAAGACAAGCUGCCGCAGUGCGACUACUUACUUAGGCAGUGCAGCAGAAGAGACAGUGCGAGGCGCCGGAAGCAGCGGAGUGAGAGCCGGAGAGCAGUGUGCAGAGGAGGGCGCGCUCGAUAAAGCUGCAGCGGCGGCAGCGACGACGGCCCGUGUAAAAAGCGAAUAAGGGACGCGCGCCGCGCGGCGUCCACCCCUACUCUCUCUCUCUCUCUCUCUCUCUCUCUCUCGCUCGCUCGCUCGCUCGCUCGCUCUUGGCUGUCGCUGCAUACAUUUUAUUAUCGACCGCAAACGCGCGUGCGGCGUAUACACGGCGUAUAGUGUACCUACCUGCGGCUUCGCGCGAGAGCGACGAGCGUAGGAGAAGCCGUCAGAGGCCAGGCUGCGCGCGCGCGGACCUGUUGUCCAACUUGUUGCUCCUAGACAGUAGACAGUCCGUCGAGGAGACGCGACUGCAGCUACUCCGUCGCCGCCAUGCUACCUGCUGCUCGCGACGACGAGGCAGGAGCCGAGGACUGCAACCACACGCCGCUGAUGAGGAUGCGCGCGAGGAUCGAUAGGCGCCAUCAGCUCGUUAGACGCUUUUACCCCCGACCACUGCUCCACUAAUAGGUUAGGAUAUCACGACUCGCUCCCCCGGACACUUCCAGCCACGUGAAUACAACGAAAGCAAUACUGCGACAAGGUAUACAUAUACUUCGGACAUUACGAGUAUCCGAGGAGAAUGCUCGUAGCAGAAGACUAUUAGAAUACUAGAGAGAAGGAGCGAGAGCUUAUUUACACUCGCGGAGAAUCAAAGGAGAGAGAGAGAGAGAGAGAGAGAGAGCGAAAGGAGUGUCGUGAGGAAAACAAAAGCGCGCCGGCGCCGGCGAGCUGCUGCGCGGAUAUUGGCCGCUCGCGCGCACGGAAGCGCUAGUCGACUAUUUGUUUUCCCCCGAAGCGAGAGACACAAGCCCGCAGCACGGUGGCUCGAGUCGAGGGCAAGAUGCCGCGCUGCUACAUGGUGAAGAAGGCGCUGUGCAACAAGUACAUCAACAGCGUCGCCAGAGGCUUCGACGGCUGGAGCACGAGGUGUCGCAGCCCGACGCCGCCGCCGCCGCCGAAGCUCGCCGAGACGCAAAACAAGCUGCCGGCCCCCAAGCCGCGCUACGCCUCGCCCGUUACCUCAGGUCACCACUUCUCGUCGAAGAAGGAUGACCAGACCACGCCGGCCCACUCGCUGUCGAAGGACCAGAGGCUACCGGUGAUCGUGGCCACGUCGUCGCCGCUGAGCAGCAGCGGCAGCAGCGUCGAAACCGCCAAGACGACGACCAACAACACGUCGAGGGACGACAAGACCGGCGACGCCAAGAUCAUCAGCGUGUCGCCCGAGAGACCGCCCAGGUCGAUCGAGCAGCCGCUCGCCAAGUCCGCGUUCUCCCGGCCGAAGCAGUCGAAGCGAUCCCUCCACUGCUACGAGAACGAGACGCCGACGGACCACGCGGGAGUGCUCAUACCCAGGCCUUGCGUACCUCCCAGCAAUGAGCUGCCGCUUUUCAGGGACAGAUCGGCAGCGGAAACGGAGGCGGCCCACGAUCUGCUGGAGCUGUCGCGCUCGCUCCCGCCCCUGCCUCCGCCGAGCGUCGCGAUCGGUCCGCAGAACGUGAUCGAGCAUCCGGCGAGCGACGUCCAGGAGAUGACCGUCUACCAGCCGAGCGAGCAGCCGAUCUAUCAGGUCAACACCAUCGACCUUACGGGGGCCACCGCGCUCUAUCAUCCGCAGCCGCAACACCCCCACAUCCAUCAGACGACCGGACCGCCCACUGGGAUCAUCUACGAGCCGGCCACUCUGCUGCACGCGAGCCACGGGGGCGUCUUCAUCCCGCUGUCGCCAGUUCAGGAGAUCCUCUUCUACAGUGCCCCGACGAUCCCUGCGGCGAUGAUCGCCCAGUCGCUGCAGCCACAGCUGCACCAUCCGCCUCUGAUUCAACAGCAGCAGCAACCGCAGCAGCCAGCUCAACCGCAGGCUCAACCUCAGCCGCAAAUAAUCCAACAGGCUCAGACUCAAGCGCAGCCGAUGGCGAUCGUCGAGUCGGCACCGCCUCUCACGCCACCGACGUCCGAGUGCAGCAGCGACGUGGAGAACAGCAACCCGAACUCGCAGCCUCCUAGUCUACGCGACAAGGAGGUGCAGACGGUCGUGCAGGACCAGACCGAGGUCAAGGCGGCGAGCUAUACCUACGACACGCUACUCGUUGCUGACGGCAGGUCGAAGAACCGCAAGGUCCCGCCACCCGGUCAACAGCAGGCGCAGCAACAGCAACAACAGCAGCAACAGCAGCAGCAGCAGCAGCAGCAGCAGAACAAGGCGAGGGAGGCCGAGAGCACCGAACAGCCCGAGACCUCGAGGACCGGCAGAUACGUCUGCUGCGAGUGUGGUAAGCAGUACGCGACCUCGUCGAACCUGUCGCGGCACAAGCAGACCCACCGGAGCAUCGACUCGCAGUCGGCCAAGAAGUGCAUCCACUGCGGCAAGGCCUACGUCAGCAUGCCCGCCCUGGCGAUGCACGUCCUCACCCACAAGCUGACCCACAGCUGCGGCGUCUGCGGCAAGAUGUUCUCGCGGCCCUGGCUGCUGCAGGGCCACCUGCGCAGCCACACCGGCGAGAAGCCCUACGGCUGCGCCCACUGCGGCAAGGCCUUUGCCGACCGCUCGAAUCUCCGCGCCCACAUGCAGACCCACUCGGCCGACAAGAACUACGAGUGCCCCAAGUGCCACAAGUCUUUCGCCCUCAAGUCCUACCUGAACAAGCACCUCGAGUCGGCCUGCCAACGCGAGAGCGCCGACGACUCCGGCAACGACCUCGACGCGCCCACCUAAGCCCACCCCUCGCAACCACACCUCGAGCUCUCCAGCAGCCUCGUAUUUCGAAGGACCGAGACCGAGAUUGCGCGAGAGGAAAUUAUUGCUAUACAGUCUUGUUGCAAGAGGAAAUGCGAGCUGAAGCUGCAAACGAGUCAAUGGCAAGUAUUAUCAUGCGAAGCGCAGACCAUAACAGAGGACCAGGAAAGAAAAGGACGUCUCGUUCGAACUGUACCAAUUAUCUCCGACAACGAAUAACGAAUUAUACAUUAUAUAUGUGUGUAUUGUAUAAUAAUUGCGUAAUUCUGUCAAACUCGCACGAGAGUCUCUUUACUGCGAUGCCUUGCUAUAUAAUCAAUCUACUGCAGAUUUAACACCAAAGGUGCUCGGUCAAGCGAAUUUGAAGGAAAAACCUGUAUCGAAACAACCAUUUUCUCUUCCUCCUUUUAUAAAAAUAUAAUCAAGCAAUACCAGUUAUAGAGUAUCAUUGUCGGAGUCAACUAUAGUCUAUACGAGAUUUUUACCAUGAGUUUUUCAAAAACGAUAUCACUAUUUUGAAGCUCCUCAAAUAAUACUUUGCUGAAUUUCGACAUACGGUAUACUUUAAUGCUCUGCAGAAAUAUCAUGGUUACAGAAUGUUGGUUCGUUUCGAUACCUGUUUUUCGCGAAAGCAUCAAGAAAAUCGCGUUGACGAUUGUGCUAGGGUCAACGCAUUCACAUACCCAUAUAAAUACAUAUAAUAUUCGCGAGGAUAAUUUCUUUCGGGGUAUAGCGCAGCCUCGCUGCACGAGGCUGGCUCCCAACGGCUGAAAAAGACGCCGAAUGUCGCGUACGAUACGCGGUUUAUUAUAUACAUAUAUACGCGCAGCUACUCGAGACAUUGUAAAACGCCGAAAACAUCGAAUCUCUAAUUAACCGCAAAGUUUAGCUGCGUCUCUCUAUCUUUCACGUAUUAUAUGAUAGACACUAAUGAUUACUUGUCUUGCAUAAAGAGACAAAUGGUUGCAAGCGUCUAACGUGGCGUAUACUUGAUAAUAUAAAACGCAAUUAGAGUUGUAACGAAGAAUAAGGUACGCUUGGUCGCUUUCGCUGCGUUAUGAAUUCUUAUAGUGAUUUAGGUUGUGCAAUUUUGUUUAGAAGAAGAAACGCGAAAAACGUGUCAUCUCUAUCUUCUGUAUAAGUUGUUAAUUUCUGUGAUAUUUAGGCUGCUUGUUUUUUGAGAACGAGGAAAGCGCAUAGACAGCCAAGUAAUUUUUUUCCUCAUCAAUUUGCAUAAUCAAAAGCAACUACUCUUGGCCGGUAGAUUAACUAAUGAUUCUACUUCAGCCGGACAAACGCUAGUUUACCAAAGGCAACUUUUUCCUUCGAUGCCUUCCGAUACAGUGCAAAACUUUCUCUUAAAGUUUUGUAAUGUUCACUUGGCAAAAGUUCCGAGAGCGUGAAACUAUUUCGUAGCCGGGCAAAACAAGUUUUUUUCCACUCGAUCAAACGCCGAGAUAAUAUCGCGGGAAGUAACUAACAAAAACCAUAUUGAUUGUCACAGGCGGCUCGAAGGCGUGAUACAUCCACAAUAUCUCCAGUUUCCGAAUAAGCACGCCGUUUCCCGCUAAAAAAGUAAUGAAGUCAGUUGCGAAAAGAAAAAGCAAAAAACCUUAUCUAGCCCUCGGCGACCGUGACAAAAUUCCCGCAAACAAAGAGCUCGCAGCAAACUCGGUGAUCCCCGCAAAUCCUCAUAAUAUCUCGAAGUCUUAGGCGGACUCACCGCGCCAAGUGUCCGCGCUAUACUAUUACGGUGCAGAAUUUCUUUUCGGAAGAAGAAAUUUUUCGACCACCGUAUGUAUACACCUAUACGCGACUCCUGUAGCUAACGCAGGACGACGGGCUAGACAGAGAGGAAGAGAAGCCACCUGUUGCGGUUUGGCUACUGUGUGCCGCACACUGACCAGAAGUGAUUCGCGCUAGCGAGAGCGGAGUCGACAAGUUGCGCGCUUUUGAAUUAUGGAACGUGUUGUGUGUAGCGCGCUGUCGGGGCUUAAUGGCGGCAGAUUCGCGAUGCCGUGGCUCGCGCAAAAAAAACCGGGGCUGAUACAGAAAGAGAGUGUGUACGAAGGGCGGAAGAAGAAAGGGCUUUUUGUCAAGCUCGCGAUUCGUGACGAAAGGGACUCUUAUAGGUACGCGUUUAUCGCGCUCUCGAAACUUUUCAAAGGGAAGAUUGAUUACUUUUUGGGACAUCAAUUUUCAAAGUUUUGAAUCAAAAAACUUUGAAAUAUAAGUUUUUCCUCGUUCUAAUUUUUUUUUUUUUUUUUUUAGAGCUAUAAAUUGAGUUUAUUUUGUCACGAAAUUCGUGCUUUGGGAACAUGUAGGUUUGCAUUUCGAAGAAAUGAUAUCCCGACCACGAGAUAGGUAGAAUUUACUUGUCAGUACUUUUAAGAAAAUGAAAGAAGUGGUAAAACUGCUCAUAAGAAUAUCUAUAAUAAAGCCCGUAAUUUUACCCAUCUAAAAAUGACAGUGCAAUAAUAGUAGACGCUUUUUAAAAAGUUAAAACUAACAAACAGUUAUCUAGUCAGAUCAAAUACGAGAUCCUUUAUAAUCCACAUGUAAAAAAAAUCUAGUCACUUUCCAGUCGUAGUGAUAAAUAUAAACGAAUGAAAGAUAAUUAAGCAUACACGAGCGAAUGAAUGAAAGAACCAAGAAAAAACUCAUUAUAGUGAUAAAAGUCAAAGCAGGGUCCUAUGUCAUUUUUGUCGUCAACACCAUUGUUUCAAAGCCAACAAUGAUUCUUUAGAUAUAUAUGUUCUUGUACGCAGUUACGUACAUAGACGUGUACGUACAAACCUAAAUUUUUUACUUGAAAAGGAUAAUCCGACGAUUGAGCGUCUGCAUUGACUGUCAUCGGUGAGCCGUCGAUUUAACACACACACACACAUACACACACACACACACACACAUAUAUAUAUAUAUAUAUAUAUAUAUAUAUAUAUAUAUAUGUGAUAUAUGAUAUAUUAUAUAAACAUGAUAAUGAGCAAUCUUGUACAAGAAGGCCAGUAGUCCACUAUGUACAUUAACAUUUUUGCAUUUACACAGACGCGUACUAAUUUUUAAGAACAAACUUAUUAUAGGCAAAAAUUAUUUAUAAUAAGAGAUUAUACGAUCGAUUAUAUAUACAAGUAUCGACCUUUGAAUCUCGAGUUUUCGUAAAGAACGUCAAAAAGAAAAAAAAAUAAAUACAUUGUAUUAGAAAGACUAUUUUUGUACUUCGACAUAGAUUUAUAUGAGAGGUCAAUUGGGUUAUACGAAUUAAAGAAGCGAUUCAAUUUGCAAAUUCGCCAGCGAUACGAUAUGAUUAUUUUUGUUUUAUUCUCCUCAUGAGAUGUAACGUAUAGACACCACGACGAAUAUUUUUAUAAGUGUAAUGAAAAUGCACUCUAAAUUUUUUUUAAGUAAAUCGUAGGACAGUUGAGUCUGCUUAAAUGAAGAGUUUGUUUUACGCGUCGAGUAAAAAGGAACAAUGAAAAGAAAGAACUUUUUUACAUUUCCAUUGAAAGUCGAGACAUGAGGAUAAACUCGUUAAUUGAGGGUCGACACGUACAUAAAUAAUACAUAAUAAUAAUAAUAUAAAAAAAAGUUAGGAAGAACGUUAACGCGCAAAGUAUGUUAUAGACAAAGAUAGGCAUUACACGGACACAUAGCAUGAAAAAAUAAAACACAAACUUGACACUUAAUACAUUGUAAAUCAUAUUCGCGUCUGGCCACAUUAGAGUAAUGAAUUAAUCUCACCUUCUAUAAUAUUAUUAUACCAAUAAUACUCGAACAGUCAAUCGAUUAUAAUGCAUAUUACCUGUAAGAAGAUGUCGUAACGGUAGUCAAUAAUUAACUAGUAUAUAUUAUUAUAUAACACGGCGUUUUUCCUGAUUCUGAAGUAAAGCGCAGUAUAACAGAUAUACUUGUACGACCAAACACCAAAACUCAGCGUGUAUUUUAAUUAAUAAUUAAUUAUAGCGAGUGAUAACCGCAUUACAUUUUUUCAAGCCAAAGUUUGAUAUUUCAAUAAAAAAAGCUAGCAUCCUUUAAUUACAUAUGCCUGACAGUUAUUUCAUAAUUUACGGACGACUCGCAUAAUACCAAAUCGCGCUAGCUAGCAAAUGCGUUUGCUCUGAAUUUUCAAGCAACUUAUUAUCGAUCGCCAACAACCGUUAACUGUUUGAAAUUACAUAGAUUUCUGUAAGUAUUGGUGAAAAUUUAUUGCUAGCUCAUAUAAAUAACAGCAAGUAGAUUUUUAUAGUAUAGUUUGCGUGCUUCGUAUUAUAAAUCUUGUUCUCAAUACGAUUUCAUGUACACAGCUGAUAGAAACAUAAAGGUACGUUCUUUCGGUACCUGUACCCAUGUACACUUACGACUGUAUUUAUAUUACACUUAUGGUACGAAAAUUUGGAGAAAACUGAUCUAGUCUUUAUGUAAUCCACCUAAAUAGCUUUAUUUCAGUAUCUGGAAGUGCGUUUGCGUGAAGAAGCGAUGGCGCUAUUUGUGAAAGAUUGCAUUCAGUUAUAUAAAGUUUAAAAUUUAUACAGCGCAUGUUUUUAGAAUUUUUUACAAAGCUUUGGAUAGAAUUCAAAAUUUUUAAAUGACCAGGUGAUAGAGAAACCUUUACACUUGCCUCUUCGUUUUCGUAUGGGAGACAUUUUAUAGAGAAAUUUUCCAAAUUUAUAUAUGUCGAUUGAUUUGCUGUAUAAUUGGUAUUUCUAGAGAGACUCAAGAAAUCAGCUAACUGAGCAAUCUUUGACAAGCUUAUUGAGUUUUCGGAUAAGAGCAAAAGAAAAACGAAAAAAAAGAUUAAAAAAGACGAUAAACUUGUAACCUGGAAUGGGAGCAUAGGGUUUAGAUUAGUGUGAUACAAGGUACGACAAAGCAAUAAUUUAGUGAUUGUACGAUAUUUGAUUAGUGAUUAGCACUAAGUUGUAUGGUAAUACUUUCGGAAUCUAUAGAUAUUUACUCGAUAAAAUCAACAUAUAGUUUUGUAGAAGCUGCGAAGAAUGUACUCAAAAAUUCGGCGAAAGUGAAAGCACCGUGCAAAAAGAACAGAGCGAAAAGAAAGAAAACAAAUCAGAUCAAAGAAAAUCUCGAGGAGACUGUCAUGGGAUCAAAGAAGUAGACGAUAUAUGCAUUUCGUGCAAAUAAAGCUUUGUUAUUAGAAAUACUCCACCUCAAAUAAUGCUUUAAAGUUUAGUUGAUUGUAUCGAUUUAGUUUAGCACACAAUAAGCAUUAAUUAGUUUUUCGUAAUUUCAUCAGAACGUUUGACGAUUGAAUCACGGCAUAAGGCGCAAGAGAGAUGUCGCGUACUUAGACACACUUUCAAGUGCCAAAAAUUUGUACGUCGAAUGCUAUUGCAGAAAAUUGCUUAACGAGUCAAGAAACCAAUCCAUCAAAAGGUCAAUGCAAAUGUGUAACUUGGCUAUUUUCUUCACUAAUCCUAAACAUUGACCUUAUAACAUAUGCACUUGCGUUUUAAAUAUUAACUCCACGACAACAACAAAAAUCUUGGCUUUCCAUAAAAGCAAUUACUCUCGUCCUUGACUCGUUGCAUACCACUGCGCAAUAAGAAUACAAAAUUUCGUAUAAAAAACAUUGUAUCACAGCGUCAUUGCACGAUAGACUUGGAUUACGGAGAAAGAAUGAUAAAAAAGCUAAGUAAAAUAGAAUCGAACUUUGUAUCAAAUAUAACCCCGACCACGUAGAUAUAAACCGUGUUUUUUCAAUUUUAUUACGAAUAUCUCUGUACGUGACAGUAACGCGAAAUAAACGAAUGUUCUGAAGCA